AUGGCUCCUCCCAAACCACCCCAACCCACACCUCAAGAGAUUAUUGAACAAGCUGUUCAAACCUCUAACACACAGCUGGCUAAUGCAGUAGAUCAAAUUCAUUCAGAUCUGGAUGAAAGGUUUGUUUUUGUGCAGUCAGAUCUGGAUAAAACACACCAGAAUCUGCAGAAAAUCACCACCAGAAUGGACAAUGACCGGCAGAUUUCAGACACGCGAUAUGACUCUAUUAUGUCCACACUACAAAAGCUGCUGCUACAGCAACCUGCUGCCACUACAGCCGCCACCAACCCUACACCCUCAGGUAUGAAAACUGUAAUCUCACCUAUUCCUACACUAGCCUCACCCCUGUCCGGUAUUGCAUCCACUUCCACAACCCCUCCCUGCACCACCACAACCAUCCCCUUUUCGUUGGGAACCUCACAAAUUCCCUCUUUCCCGUAUAACCCCCACACUCAUGUUUCCACUGCCUUCACUCCUUACACUUUUAUUCCGACCAGCCUACCCCCACCUUCCCCUUAUAAUAUUCCGUUUCCAAACCCCCAUACUUACUCACCACCAACAAAUCUGCCACCUUUGCCCCCAUUUCGCUCUCCCAAACUAGAACUUUCUUUGUUUGAUGGGUCAAAUCCCUUAGAGUGGCUAUUCCAGGCAGAUCAGUUUUUUGGAUUUUAUAAUAUGCCCCCGGAAAAUCGAUUGUCUAUGAUGUCCUUUUAUAUGAAGGGUGAUGCUCUUGGUUGGUUUAAAUGGAUGCAUCAUAAUCGCUUACUUACUGAUUGGGCUUCUUUUACUAGAGCAUUAGAAUUAAGAUUUGGACCUUCUACUUUUGCAAAUCACCAAGCAGAAUUAUUUAAGCUUAAACAAACUAAUUCUGUUGUGGAAUAUCAAGCAGCUUUUGAAAAAUUGGGCAACCAAGUUGUUGGGUUAUCACAUGAUGCAAUACUAAAUUAUUUUAUCUCAGGCCUUAUUCCAGAAAUCCAGAAUGAAAUUGCUAUACAUAAACCCACAUCUAUUUCUCAGGCUAUUGGGCUUUCUAAACUCAUUGAAUCUAAACUAAGAGAGUCCAAACCAAAAUAUAACAAGCCUUUUCCCAGCCCAUUUCCUAAACCGCCUACCCAACCAACCCCACCUAUUCCAUCUACACCCCCCAAAACCAAUACCACCAUUCAGCCCAACAAAUUUCCCAUUCGACGCCUAUCAAAUGCCCAACUUCAAGAGCGUCGCGCCCAAGGCUUAUGUUUUAAUUGCGAUCAGAAAUUCAUCGCCGGUCAUAAGUGCUCUGCUGGAAAAUUCCUUUUAUUAUUGGUGGAUGAGGACGAAAUACUACAACAAGACACUAGUUUACAUGAGUCUGAACAUGAGUCUAAACCAGUUUUCCACUCAGAACAGGAAGAAACCUAUUUCCAGCUAUCACCCCAAGCUGCUUGUGGACACUUAUCUCCCAAAACCCUCAAAUUUCGUGGCAGUAUUUUUGGCUUACCAGUCACUGUUUUAAUUGAUACAGGGAGUACACACAACAUCCUCCAACCUCGUAUUGCCCAUCACCUAAAACUCCAAACUACCCCUAUCCCUAACUUUUCGGUUAUGGUAGGUAACGGUUCUAAAUUAAACUGUUCAGGACUUUGCCAACAAGUUCCUCUCACCCUCCAAGACAACUUGUUCACUAUUUCGUUCCACUUACUUCCUAUAGAGGGGGCAGAUAUCGUUCUUGGGAUGGAAUGGUUGCGUACUCUUGGUCCACUCAAGGCUGACUUUUCAAUUCCCAAGCUCUCCUUCACUUACAAUAACAACGACAUCACCAUUACAGGUGACUCUAAAACACUACCCACACCCUCUUCAUUUCAUCAAAUCUGCCAUCUCCUCCACAAUGAUUUAAUACCAUCCUUACACCUUUUGAUUUGCCAACCCACCCCUGCCCAAGAUACCCUCCCUUCUCCCUCAAAUCCAGACCUCUUUGACUCUUUACCUUCGUCCAUUCCCCCACAAAUCACCACUCUUCUCAAAUCCUUUCCAAAAGUCUUUCACAAACCUCACGGAUUACCACCAUCACGCCCUCAUGACCAUCAUAUCCCUCUUUUACCUAAUACCACCCCUGUCAACGUAAAACCUUACAGAUACCCCCAUUCCCAAAAAGAUGCUAUGACAGUUUUAAUUCAAGACAUGCUUGCUGAGGGAAUAAUUAAGCCCAGCCAAAGUCCCUACUCUUCCCCAGUUCUAUUGGUUCGAAAAAAAGAUGGCAGCUGGAGAUUUUGCGUUGACUACAGAGCACUAAACGCUGUUACUGUUAGAGACCGUUUUCCUAUCCCGACCAUAGAUGAAAUCUUUGAUGAACUAGGAUCAGCAACUAUUUUUUCCAAGAUCGAUCUUCGAUCUGGUUAUCAUCAAAUUAGGGUUACACCGGCGGAUACACACAAGACAGCGUUUCGCACGUUUGAUGGACACUAUGAGUUUUUGGUGAUGCCUUUUGGGCUAACUAAUGCUCCUAGCUCUUUUCAAUCGGCUAUGAACGACCUACUACGGCCGUUCCUACGACGGUUUGUUUUAGUUUUUUUUGACGACAUUUUGAUCUAUAGUUCUUGUUUAACUGACCAUGCCCAUCAUUUAUCCUUAAUUCUUAAUUUACUAUCAGUUAACCAAUUUUAUGCAAAAUUAUCCAAAUGUGUUUUCGCUGUUCCUAGUGUUGAUUAUCUAGGUCAUAUCAUUUCAAGUAAUGGUGUCACCCCCGAUCCUACAAAAAUUCAAGCAAUCAUGGAUUGGCCUCGACCACGUUCUCUCACGACUCUUAGGGGCUUCCUCGGACUCACCGGUUUCUAUAGACGCUUUGUGCGCCACUACGCCUCUCUCGCCGCUCCUCUCACCGAUUUAUUAAGACAUUCAAAGUUUACAUGGAAUGAAUCUGCCGAAGCAGCAUUUACAAAUUUAAAGCAUAAAAUGACUUCCACUCCCGUCUUGUGCCUUCCUGAUUUUUCCAAGCUUUUUGUCAUUGAAACGGAUGCUUCUGGCAUUGCAGUGGGUGCAGUCUUGUCUCAGCAGGGUCAUCCGUUAGCUUUCUUCAGCAAGAAACUCUGCAACAGAAUGCAGGCAUCAUCAGUCUAUGUCCGAGAAAUGUAUGCCAUAACUGAAUCAAUAAAGAAAUGGAGACAGUAUUUGAUAGGGAGACAGUUUCGCAUAUAUACAGACCAAAGAAGCUUAAAAAAUCUACUGGUGCAAACAAUCCAAACACCCGAACAACAAAAGUGGGCCGCUAAAUUGCAGGGUUUUCAAUUUGAAAUCUUUUACAAACCUGGUAAGCAGAAUCAAGUCGCUGAUGCUCUGAGCCGUGUUCAGCAUGAAGACGAAUCUCUUUUGUUAUCCAUCUCCUCUCCGGUUCCGCUCCUCUUCACCCAGCUUGUUGACUUUUACCGUAAAACAACAGAGGGACAAGACCUCAUCACAAAAGCAAAAACCGAAUCAAUCAUCUAUCAGUUCAAAAACGACAUCUUAUACUACAAAGAUAGAGUUUUUAUACCUUCGGUGAGAGAUCUACGUCGUGCAAUCAUUCGAGAAUAUCACUCUACACCAGUAGCGGGUCAUUCAGGCGUGCAACCCACCUUAUCUCGUCUUUCAGCUUCCUUCUUAUGGCCUGGUAUUUACAAAGAUGUCGAACUGUUUGUGAAGGAAUGUCAAACCUGCCAACAUAGUAAAUACAUGCCAAAAAAGAAACAAGGGUUACUACAGCCGUUAGAAAUCCCUUUGCAGGUAUGGGAUGAACUAUCGAUGGACUUUAUAACACACUUACCUUCAUCAUUUGGUCAUACGGCCAUUUGGGUAAUUUGUGACCGCCUGACAAAAUAUGUCCAUCUCAUUGCACUACCUACCAGCUUCACGGCUCGCGACCUUGCUAGAAGAUUUUCAACUGAGAUCUGUCGCUUACACGGGAUCCCUCGUUCUAUCGUUUCAGACAGAGAUCCUUUAUUCUUAAGUUCCUUUUGGAAAGAACUUUUCAGAAUCCAGGGCACAACCUUAAAGUUCAGUUCAGCCUACCACCCUGAAACAGACGGACAAACAGAGGUUAUGAAUAGAUGUUUAGAGGCUUAUUUGAGAUGUUUUACAAGUGAUAAUCUGAACCAAUGGUUCAACUACUUACACCUCGCAGAAUACUGGCAUAACUCCGCUUAUCAUUCUGCUACCAAGAUGUCACCGUUCGAAGCCUUAUACGGUAGAGAACCACCUUCUUUUCCCCAAUAUCUCAAAGGCACUACUUCUAUUCCGGAUCUGGAUAUUAACCUGCAACACAGACAAGAACUCCUUAGCACCUUAAGAUCUAACCUCGAACGAGCACGGAAACGAAUGACGGAACAAGCUAAUAAAAAACGGAUGGACUGUACCUUUAACGUUGGAGAUCUUGUGCUCUUGCGUCUUCAACCAUAUCGCCAAAGUAGUGUUCAUCGUCGCACCUCUCAGAAACUUUCCCACCGCUACUUUGGUCCCUUUCCGAUUCGACGCCGUAUCGGCCCGGUGGCCUACGAUCUCGAGCUUCCACCUACCUCACGCAUCCACAGCGUCUUCCACGUUUCACAGCUACGCGCUUUUCACGGAGACAACUCAUCUGGUAAAUUCAUACCACUUCCACCGGAUUUGCCAUCGUUCACAGACACGGAGCCAAGGAUGGAGAACGUGAUAGAGGUUCAAAAGAGAAACACACAAAGAGACUUAGAUGUUUUUGAGUUAGGAGAGAAGGACACAUCUGAGAAUGGAAGGGCUACAGAGAAAACACAACAACGCUUUGGGUCUUCAAAGUUAAAUGGAACUAAUGAAACUCUUAAGCAUACUUCUCACUUAGCUGGCGUGGAAGUCACUUUAACUCACAUGGGUAACAGUACCGCCCCUCCAGUUCCCAAGGUUGAAACGGUUACUAAAUCUCCUCCCUUGAAUUCAUUGGAUUCCUCUGCGCUUCAAUCUAGUCCGUUGGAUUUUUCUACCUCCUCUGUCCAUAAGUCACGCGAAGCUUCCACACAGAUUCCCAAAAUUGCCACUUCAAUUCCAGCUGGCCCGCAUGCAAAUGGGAUUACCAACGCAAUGCCAGCUAGCCCUAUGCGGUCUUCCACUUCCAACAAUUGGGCCUCAGCUUUUCAGCGGACCAACACCCCUUUUGACUCCAACCUUGAGGACAAGGUUGUCAUUGGGCCAGAAAGUAGUGAUAGAAGGCCCAAACGAAUUAUUAAAAGGCCCAGCUAUCUAAGUGAUUACAUGUUGAAUUAA